CCUUCCUCCCCGUCCAGAGCCCGGGGGUUGCUGUGGCCGCAGCGUUCCGCCUCUCUCUGGGGGCCUCCCCAGGCGUGGACCUCUGAAGCUAUCGGCAGCGUCUGGCUCUUCUGAGCUCCAGUGGGCGAGGGCCUGCAGGUUUCCUCCAGCUGGGGAGGACGCAGAGCGGAGGCGGAGGCAGAAGCAGUUUCAGGCCCUAGGCCCGGCGGGCUGGGUCGGGUGAAGCGCGGCCAUCAUUCGCCAUCCAGGGCGCGCGCGGCCCUCUUGGGACUUCGCCGGCGACCCGUAGCUCGGGCACGCGCCUGUCGCAGCCCGCAGGAAGGAGGGGUCCAGCCUGAGGCCCGGCCACCAUGGAGAUCCCCUCGGCCCAGGGCCGGCGUCUGGGGCCUUGGGGGCGGCCCUGACCGUCCUCCUCCCUGCCCGGCCUGGAUCGCUGACCUGCCCCCCGCGGCAUUCGGCCACCUCUGCGUCUCCGCCCUCCCCUGGCCGCGCUGCUGCCUGGGCGCGGCGGCGGCGGCGGCGGCGGCGCCCCGUUGAAUGGGCUGUGAGGGCCCAGGUUUGAAGCGCUGGCGAACGCGGCCUCCAGGGGCGCAAGGCAGCAGCAGCGGUGGCGACCAAACGGGUGUUGGAGUUGGCAGCGGCCAUGGAGGGCCUGGCUGGCUAUGUAUACAAGGCGGCCAGCGAGGGCAAGGUGCUGACUCUGGCCGCCUUGCUUCUCAACCGGUCUGAAAGCGACAUCCGCUAUCUGCUUGGCUAUGUCAGCCAGCAGGGAGGGCAGCGCUCCACACCCCUCAUCAUCGCAGCCCGCAAUGGGCACGCCAAGGUGGUGCGCUUGCUGUUAGAACAUUACCGGGUGCAGACUCAGCAGACUGGCACUGUCCGCUUCGACGGGUAUGUCAUUGAUGGUGCCACCGCUCUUUGGUGUGCAGCAGGGGCAGGACAUUUUGAAGUUGUUAAGCUUCUAGUCAGUCAUGGAGCCAACGUGAACCAUACCACAGUAACUAACUCAACCCCCCUACGGGCAGCAUGCUUUGAUGGCAGAUUGGACAUUGUGAAAUACUUGGUUGAAAAUAAUGCCAACAUCAGCAUUGCCAACAAGUAUGACAACACCUGCCUAAUGAUUGCAGCAUAUAAAGGACACACUGAUGUGGUCAGAUACCUUUUAGAACAACGUGCUGAUCCAAAUGCUAAAGCACAUUGUGGAGCCACAGCAUUGCACUUUGCAGCUGAGGCUGGGCACAUAGAUAUUGUGAAGGAGCUGAUAAAAUGGCGUGCUGCUAUAGUAGUGAACGGCCAUGGGAUGACGCCAUUAAAAGUAGCUGCUGAAAGCUGUAAAGCUGAUGUUGUCGAACUGUUGCUCUCUCAUGCUGAUUGUGACCGAAGAAGUCGGAUUGAAGCUUUGGAGCUCUUGGGUGCCUCCUUUGCAAAUGACCGUGAGAACUAUGACAUCAUGAAGACAUACCACUAUUUAUAUUUAGCUAUGUUGGAGAGGUUUCAAGAUGGCGAUAACAUUCUUGAGAAAGAGGUUCUCCCACCAAUCCAUGCCUAUGGGAAUAGAACUGAAUGUAGAAAUCCUCAGGAACUGGAAUCCAUUCGGCAAGACAGAGAUGCUCUUCAUAUGGAAGGCCUUAUAGUUCGGGAACGGAUUUUAGGUGCCGACAACAUUGAUGUUUCCCAUCCCAUCAUUUACAGGGGAGCUGUUUAUGCAGAUAACAUGGAAUUCGAACAGUGUAUCAAGUUGUGGCUUCAUGCCCUGCACCUCAGACAGAAAGGUAACAGGAAUACCCAUAAGGAUCUUCUUCGAUUUGCCCAAGUUUUUUCACAGAUGAUACAUUUGAAUGAAACUGUGAAGGCCCCAGACAUAGAAUGUGUUUUGAGAUGCAGUGUUUUGGAAAUAGAACAAAGUAUGAACAGAGUAAAAAAUAUUCCAGAUGCUGACGUCCACAGUGCUAUGGACAAUUAUGAAUGUAAUCUCUAUACUUUUCUGUAUUUAGUGUGCAUUUCCACCAAAACACAGUGCAGUGAAGAAGAUCAGUGCAAAAUUAACAAGCAGAUCUACAACCUGAUUCACCUUGAUCCCAGAACUCGUGAAGGUUUCACCUUGCUGCAUCUAGCUGUCAACUCAAAUACCCCGGUUGAUGAUUUCCACACCAAUGAUGUCUGCAGCUUUCCAAACGCGCUUGUCACAAAGCUCCUGCUGGACUGUGGCGCCGAGGUGAAUGCUGUGGACAAUGAAGGGAACAGUGCCCUUCACAUCAUCGUUCAGUACAACAGGCCCAUCAGUGAUUUUUUGACCUUGCACUCUAUCAUCAUUAGCCUAGUUGAAGCUGGCGCUCACACCGACAUGACAAAUAAACAGAAUAAGACUCCGCUAGACAAAAGUACAACUGGGGUAUCAGAAAUACUACUUAAAACUCAAAUGAAGAUGAGUCUCAAGUGCCUGGCCGCCCGGGCAGUUCGGGCUAAUGACAUUAACUACCAAGACCAGAUCCCCAGAACUCUUGAAGAGUUUGUUGGAUUUCAUUAAGUGACUGGAUAAAUGUAAAAUCAUUUAAUGUGGUGCUAAAAAGUAAAGGACUUUAAUCACAGACAAUAGAA